UAUAAUUUUUAGGUACAGAUAUUAACUUGAUAAAGUAAAGUUGGAACAUUUAGGCAUAAAUGUAAGUUAUUGUGGGCAAUUCCUCACGUAAGAGAUUGAAGGAACCGUGUAAUGGUGUUAACCAUCAACCUUGAAUUCAGUGGAGGUGCUGAACUUCUUUUUGGGAAUGUAAAAAAACAAACUGUUCAAUUGGAAAAACUAGAUUGCAGCGUUAAGGAACUACUGCAAUGGAUAAAAGACAAUCUACUGCAAGAACGCCCAGAGUUGUUCCUUCAAGGAGAAACGAUAAGACCGGGAAUUAUUGUUCUGAUAAAUGACACAGACUGGUUGUUAAUGGGACAGUUGGAUUACAAGUUGGAACAAAAUGAUACGCUCACCUUUAUUUCAACCUUGCAUGGAGGAUAGCAUAUUAUGUUUGUUGUUCAUUUUGCUUUUAAUCGAGAUAAACUUAUCUGAAAGUAUUUGGUGCAAUAAAUAUGAAAUUUUGUUUUACAAAAAUGUUAAACUCCCAGUAAAUUUUUAAAUUGUAACAUAACAUCUUUCUAAAUUUAUAGAAGUUGUAAGAUUGUGUAACAAAUUUUGAGUGAAAAUGGACAUUCCGAAACCCCCAGAUGAGCCUGAGGUGAAAAACAUCAUAGAUAAACUCGCUAAUUUUGUGGCAAGAAAUGGAGUUGAAUUUGAGAACAUGACCAAAUCUAAACAAAGGAAUAAUCCAAAGUUUAGCUUUCUAUUUGGUGGGGAGCAUUAUGGAUAUUAUCAAUAUCAACUCUCUACUGAACAACAAAUCAUGAACAUGCAGCGUAUGAAGAUGAACACCCAGCAAGUUGUCCAGGACCAAAUGGUCAAGCAAUCACUUCAGAACGCACCAUGGCAGCAACAACAAGGAGGAUUCUCCCAAUACCAGGGAGGUUCACCACAGAUGCCUCCAAGAUCUUCACAACCACCAAUGAAUGUCCCACCAUGGCAGCAACAACAAAGGCCACCAUACAUGCCACACAACAACAUGCCUAAUCAACCCCGCCACCCUACCCCAAGUAACCCCAACCAACCAACACUCAUGACCCCGGAACUUGGGAAACUUGAGGAAGAGAUUAAUAAGGAAGAGGAAGAUGUGGAGAAGAAAGUGAAAGACAGCGAGAAUAAUUUGAAACAACAACAUGAGGUGUUAAUGAACAAACAAAGUGAAAAGAUCGAGCAAGCUGUGUACGAUGCGCAAGAUAAUGAUCGUAGAAACACAGCAAGGGACGUUAACAUCUCACUUGAUGCUAUGGAUGAAAUACUUCAACCUAUAAUUGAUUCAUGCACCAAAGACUCAAUUUCAGCCGGUAAAACCUGGAUUCUAAACAAUGGUGUGACUGAAGAAAAAUGUCAAGUUGUUGCAAAACAACUGCUGUGGAGAAUACUGGAAGCUGAAAGAAAAUUAAAGGGUAAAAAGGUGGCUGAUGCUUCUAUGUUCAACAUUCAACUUCAUAUUAUUUAUUUAAUCAACGAUGUAUUACACCACGCUUCACGCAAGAACCUGACACAUCUCGCAAAUUCCUUGGAAUCAGUUAUUGUUCCUUUAUUCUGCACAACACAGUCAUGCGCUGAUCCGGAUAAUCAGUCACGACUCAGCAAAUUGCUUGGCUUGUGGAACAAAUUCAAAUAUUUCAAUAAAGAUACAAUGCAUAAGCUGGAAAACUAUGCAGAAGCUGUGCAAGAAUUUAAGGCGGAUAUGUUGGACCAAUACAAGGAUGUAGUUGAAAAAGUAAAGACUUUAACUCAUGAACAAUAUGAACAAUACAAGAAACAACAUAAUGAAUAUGAGGCUCAUUUAAGAAAACAACUACAAGAUAAAAAGAAUCGGCUGCAUGAUCAAAAACAACAACAUUCAUCAAAUACAAGGAACAAUCGUUUCAGUGAGAGGAGUAUGGAUGACAACCAACCUCCACAUAAUGGUCAGCGAUAUCCUGAAAAGAAGCCACUGCUUGCUGAUCCACCAUGGAGACCAAGGGAGCAAUUUAAUGACAAUGAUUAUAAUUAUGACAGAAGAAUGGAUAAUGAUCCAGGUCCAAGACCAAGGAACCCGGACAUGGAGUUUGGAAUGAGGGGUCCACCACCUGACUGGCAUGGAGAGCCUCGACGAGACCCCAACUGGGAUAACCACCCUGAUACCUGGGGUAAUGAGGGUAAAAUGAGAGGACCCAAUGGACCUUGGAAUAACCAGGGUCCUCCUAAACCUCCAGUUCGUCCAAUAGAGCAAGAUGAUCCAACUCUAAUCCCCCAAGCUCCUUAUUAUGAUCUACCAUGUGGACUCAUGGCUCCACUUGUUAAAUUAGAAGACAUGGAAUACAAGGAGCUUGACCCAUCAAUGAUCCGUCUUCCCCCUCCUAUUCCUCCCAGUGAUAGGUUGAUGGCAGCAGUUGAAGCUUUUUACAGUCCUCCCUCCCAUGAAAGACCAAGGAACAUUGAUGGUUGGGAACACAAUGGAUUAUUUGAAUUUUACCGAGCAAAAGUACGAGCGAAUCGGAAAGCAAAGGAAGGUUACACAAGGUCACGGUCAAAGUCAAGAUCAAGAGAUCGUUCGUAUUCAAGGUCACGGUCACGCUCAUAUUCACGAUCACGUUCAAGAUCAUCAUCAAGAUCCCGAAGCUCCUCACGGUCACGAAGCAGAUCAAGAUCACGUGAUCGUGAACGUGCACCAACUCCACCCAGUUUUGGCAAUACCUCUUUCCAACAAACAAAUGCUGAAGGUAGGUUGGGAGAAGAUAACAGAGGAGCGCAGAUGAUGAAGAGGAUGGGGUGGGGUGGUGCUGGACUCGGAUCUUCGGAGCAAGGGAUACAGGAUCCUGUUAAAGCUGGAGAUACAAGAGAUAAAUAUGAUCAGUUCAAAGGCCUUGGUAAUGAUAUGAAUGAUCCUUAUGAAAACUAUCGUAAAAACAGAAGUUAUGGUUACAUUUCAAAAAUACGAGCAAGAGAUGGUAAGGCUUUGUAUACUGUGUGUUGGUAUAUGAUGCUUAACAAGAAAAAAAUUUUAUUGUUGUUGUAGAAAAAGGCACUUGAAGAUUAUCCGAUUAUACAUGAGAUAUGUCCUUCACACUGAAAAAGGAAAAAAAUGUUCUGGUGCUUUUGUAAUUCAGUUAUUGAAGCAACCAAAUAAAUCAUGCCCCUGUUUCUA